CGCUGGUUGAGCGACGAGCGAAAUUCCCCAACUACCAGCCAGCCAGCCAACCAACCAUCACACAUCUCGCACCCUCCACAACCGUUGCGCCUUUCAAGAGCAGCGCAAAGCCUCAGGCAGCCAUCGAGGACUCCCUCACUUACAAGCACAACCACACACACACAAGCACACACACACGCGCAUACACAGACACAUACGGGCACACGCACGCAGAACGCAGCAGCUUGACUUCCCAUUUUGAGUGUGCCAAGCAAUAUAUCGACCAUCCAACACAGACCAACAUCCUGGACCAGCGCUUGCAAGCGAGGCAGCGAUGCAGAAGAAAGCGGGGCUCAAGGGCUUGAGCUCUCGCCAUGUGGGUGCAAUACCCCAAACCAGCCCGCGGCUGGUUCGACGCGGCAUGGGUGGCAGGCAGUUACAAGUGCGUGCGCGGUCACCAGACCCGGGCGCCGGUAUCAGCUACGAGGACCGGCACCACUACUCCAUGUCCCCAAACAUUGUGCGACCCGCCCGAUCUGCUCGAUCCGCCAGAUCCGGCGCCCACACACCUGUCAUGUCUCCCACGCCAAGGGCCCCAUCACCAGUUCCUUCGUCCACCCCGCCGCCUCCACAGCACUCAGCGGCCGUGGCACAAGCAGAAUCAGCUUUGUCGGGGCAGCGCGAGCAGGGCAGCGGCCACAACGUGUUUUCCUAUCGUCCAACGCCAUCGCCUCCCCUUGUAAAGACCCCAACGACGGGCACGCAGCCACUGGCUCCUGCCCCUGCUCAUUCCUCUUCUUCUUCUUCUUCUUCUUCAGCGCCGGCCUCCCGCAAGGCCAGUGGCAGCAGCACAACCAAGAGUAAAGCAAAGGAGUCCAGCAAGAGCAGUGGCAGUGCAACCACAAGCCGCAGCACCAGCAAGUCCUCAAGCAAGAAGAACGCCAGCAGCACUGGAAAGCCCCUGUCUCGCUCGAGCUCCUGCAGCGCAAAGAGCACUGGCACCACAGGCGGCGGUAGCAGCAGCAGCAGCAGCAGCAGCGUAGGCAAGCGAGGAGGGAGCGGGCACCGUCGCACCACUUCCAACAAGAAGUCUGCCAAGGAUGCUGUUGGCACUGCUGGACGCAUCCUGGGGACAAUCGAGAGCUUGUCUCCCGUUAACGAUGCAGAGGCGCUUCGUCUCCAGUGCUCCAGACUCGGUCGCAUUGUGGCGAGAGAAGAGCGCGUGCGAGAGGCCGUUGGCCACAAGAAGGCGUAUCUGACCAUCAUCGUGUCGCUGCUGAAGAUGAUGACUGACGACGCGGCACUCGAGGACAUGGCACGUGUCACUGCCCUCCUCGCAGCCCAUUCGUCGCGCGCGUGUGCCCGCCUUGUCGACUGCGGUGCCACGGAUGCGCUGUGCCGCGUCAUGACUAAGAGUGCCGUACGCAGUGACGCUGGCCUGGUGCUGGUGAUGGACUGCCUCAGCGACAUAUCCGCACACGACAAGCGGCUGCCAAUCCUUUGUCGCGUUUCUGGCGCGCUCAAGGUCGUCCUCCACUUUGCAAAGCAGAAGAAGAACGAGGCCAAGAUGAUCACGCCCGCGCUGCGCUUGCUCAGCCAUGUGUCCACCAACAAGGCGUCCGCUUUGUCCAUGCACAAGAACGGCACCACGCUGCUUCUCAUGAGCAUCAUGAAGACAAACGCUUCUUUGACACACACAGACAUGCUGCGCCUGUGCUGCAUCACCCUCGCCCACCUCAUUUCCGCCGUGCCGGCCAGUUGCAUAUCCUUCUGCAAGCGCAAGGGCACCCGUCUUGUUCUCGGCAUGUUCUCCGAAUGGAACGCCACAGACAAGCGCAACAAGCACGUUGACCUGCGUCGGUCCUUCGUUGCUAUUCUCCGUGCAGCUUGCUCACACAAAACGGGCCGGAAGCAGCUCGCGGAGUGUGGCGGCAUUGACUUGCUCUACCACGCCAUGAAUGCACUCGCCGGAUCAGAGACAGAAACGCUUUCUUCAGACUGCUGCGACGUGCUUAUCUCAUGCAUGCCCAAGUUGCAGAUCCCUUUGCCGCGAAACCCAAUCACCUUCUCCCCACGUGCUGAACACACAGCAGAGAUGCUGCGCCUGACCGCUGCUCCGACGGAGAGCGUGUCGCUCUCCCGCAUUCAACUAUCCGGUGAACACGGCGUGGCAAGUCCCAGCGCCGUGCACAUGCGCAGUGGCGGCGGCACCCUCGGGCAUGCAGCAUCAGCAUCGGCCAUGCUGACCAUGUCUGCAUCGUCUUCUCCAAUCACGGCACCACUGCCACUCUCGCCCACAUCGAGUUCCGGUACGGGCGCUACUGCGGGCCAGCGCCGCCUUGUCGUGCACCUCCCGCGACUGCCAAGCCCGUCUCCAAGUGCACGCGCCUCACCUUCAUCAUCGUCCUCAACAACAGCAGCAGCAGCACCGAGGCAGAGCGGUGGUGCACGACAGCGUUCCCUGACGCCGACCAAACGCACGGGGCAGCGAACACGUACAAGUCUUGAUGGAAGUGAUGUUCAGACGCAAGCGCAGCAAGCGCAGCUGCACCAGCAGCCCCGAGGGCGGCGAUUGAUGACUCACAGCCUUCCCAACAGCCGAUCAUCCAGCCCUUACCCCGCACAGCAGCAACAAGGGCAACAGCAGCAGCAACAGCAGCAGCAGCAGCGUCGAAGGCUACAGCGACGAGCGCCACCCCAGGGGCGCGCGCUGGCGGAGGAGAUGCGGCACAUGACCGUCACCACUGAUGAUGGCGGCACUGACGGUGCAGAUGAGGCCGGCCCCUUCCUGCCAUGGUCCCCAAACACCAUCGCCCUUGUUGCUGGCGAAUAUCCAAACUGUCCCCUUUUCGAAUAUGAUACGCGUGUCACUGGGAUGGUCGCACACAGCCCAGCGCACAACGCUGACAACGCUACACAUGACCACAGCAACGACGAUGCCAGCAGCAUGCUUGAGGCUCCCGCUGGCAACCAAAUGCGUGGUGAGGAAGGCACAGAGCCGCUGGCAUCACGCUCAGGUGGCGGCGGUGGCGGUGGCGGCCGCUCCCCAAGUCCAGCCCGCGCCUCAGGCCGGCGCUCUCCGCGAACGCAACGACGGCGGACGAAGAAGCAGCCCAAGUCAGCACGGGCAAAGCGACGCAGCCCGGCUCUUGCUGCCAGCGGGAGUAAGCAGAGGCGCACACGGUCGCAGAAACUCACGCGAGGUGGUGGCGGCGGCGGUGUUUCGCGAACGCAGCAUCUCAGGACCACGCCUGCCAGCAACACCACAUCGCCAGCAUCGUGUGUAUCGUUGGCGUCAGAGAGCGCGGUGUCAUCGCCCGGGCGCCCGCUGUCCCCCGACUCCCUUCGCCGUGUGCAAUCCGUUCCAUCCAAGCUGAGCGAGGAGGACAGAAGCUCAGCUUUUGCUGCCCGCCACCACAACCGCCACCACGAUGGAGUCGCAGGUGUCGCGCAUUCCCACUCUGCAUGUGUGACGCGACCAGCAUCAGCCGUGACCCCCAUGGCGCGGAUGGCAGGCAAAAGUGUAUCUGUGCAGCACAUCCCGCAGCGCACGCAGACCGCGCACCAACCGGCACAAACUGGCAGCAACGCCGACGGUGACGAUGAUGAUGUAGAUGCCGAGGAGGAGGAUGUUGAUGUUGGUGAUGGUGGUGAAGGGGAAGCCUUCGGGGACAAAGCUGAUUUGAGAGAUGACGGCAGUCGUGGUCGCGAGGGUAGUGACGGCGGCGAAACAGAGGGCGACGUGGCGGCGGCGGCGCUUGAUAGCGCCUCUGUCCAUCGCGGUCGCAGGCGCAUCGCCCCCGGCCGCUACCGGGUCAGCCCACGCGUGUCGCCAACGCUUCAGCGACGCCGACCACGGCCACCGGCAGUGCAGCAGGAGGAAGAGGAGGAAGAGGAGGAGGAUGGUGACGGCGGCGGUGCUGCUGGGCUGAUGAUGGCCGUGCGUCCACAGCACACCGGCGAUGGUAAUGGUGAUGGUGAUGGUGCUGAUGGCGACGAUGAAGCAGCUUUGUUUGAGGACGAUGCGUGGUCGUCACUACCCGCCAGCGGCCGUCAUCCCAUGCUUGAUGGAGGGCACGACGACAUGAACACCGAUGAUGGGCUGUCGGAUGGGCUGAGCUGGUCUGGCAACGGCAGCAAGAAGGCAUCUGUUGACAGCAACGUGCGCUCUGGUGCAGUGAGGGCUUCGUCUGAAGGCAGCGAGGAAGCCGUGCGCAUGUGGCUGAGUGGUGUUCAGGAGCGGGCACGAAGAAGCGAUGGCAGGGAUGAUGACGCACAGUGGCAAGGCAGACAAUCACAUGCAGAUGAUGCACAUCAGGGUGAUGGCCAGCAAAGAGCUGGCGACGAUGAUGGACCGGAAGGGGCAGAAGAUCAAGCUGGCGUGCACUCCGAGUUUGAUACCCGUGGACAGUUUAGCGAACGCAUUCUCAGGGGCUACAUAGACGACGACGACGAGGAAGACGACGAGCUGGCAGAGCUGCUCAGCAACGCGGACUCGGAGACCCGGCCCUUUGACUUGGAGGGGCCCAAUGAUGACGACAACGACGACGAUGAUGAUGACGACGACGAAGACGACGAUGGUGAUGUGAUGAAUGGUGAUGAGGAUGGUGACAACGAGGGCGAAGUCGAUGAGACCCGGAGCAACGUGAACAUCGACAUUGCUGAUUAUGACGAGGGUGAUGACGAAGAUGACGAAGGUGAUAACGAGGAUGAUGAUGAUGACGACGACAACGACGACGACGAUGAUGCUGAUGAUGAUGAUGACGGUGGUGAUGAUGAUGACGAAACAGAUGAGAACAGCGACGCCGAUGCUGAGUCACCCGUCCCGCCAGCAACAGCAAGGCCGGCGUCCUCAAGCGACACAAGACGGCAGCAGCAUCCACUCCGCCGCGUGGAGAGCGCAGACAAAACCAUGCGUCCCACAGCAGCAGCUGUCGAUGACAGCGCUGUUCGCGGGAGUGAUGAUGGCGCUGAUAAUGGCGAUGAUGCUGGCGUGUCUGUUUCCAGCAAGUGGACGGCAGCCAGUGCGACUGCUGGUGGCGGUGUUCCCGCCUCACGAAGUUGGGUCUCUGGCGCUACAUCACCACGGGGUUUUGGUGGACGGACAAUCAUGGAGUUUACGCUGGCCGAGCUGGAGCUUCUUGAUGAAAUGAGCAUUGAAAUUGUUGACCCGUCCUUCGCGGACGCGUGGUUCAACGAUGAGCCGCAACCCGUGCCAGCAACAAAGCCCCAACUGGCAAAGCCGUGUGCUGUGGACAACAUACCCGGCAUUGCACACCCGCGCUCAGACAUGGAGGUUGACCCGUUUUACACUCCUCCCAAGCACCUUCGCAGGUCAGACAGGAAGAAAGGCGGUCGCUACUUCACCUUUACGUUUUCGUUUGUGACCCCUCGCACGAUCGAGAAGCACUCGCGCGUGUAUUUUGCGUACCACUACCCCUUCUCCUACACGGCACUGCAACAGCACCUCGAAGCCCUUGAAACAGCGGCGAGGGGGCGCCGCUUCCUGCGCCGUCAGCUGCUGUGCCGUACGCUGUGCGAGAACCGUUGCGACCUGCUCACCAUCACCUCCUUUGACGCCAAGGAUUUGCUGUCGUGUCCGCUCGAACGUCGCCCUUAUGUCGUGCUCACGGGCCGCGUCCACCCUGGCGAAACAAACGCAAGCUACAUGAUGAAAGGUUUGCUGGACUUUCUCUGCAGCGAUCAUCCAAAUGCUCAGAACCUCCGGCGACGAUUCGUGUUCAAGAUUGUUCCCAUGCUAAACCCUGAUGGUGUUGCACACGGCUCCCAUCGCUGCUCCCUCUCUGGCUGCGAUCUCAACCGCCGCUGGGCACACCCCGAGCCAACGCAACACCCGACCGUCUACUGCACAAAGCGCCUCAUCCAGUAUCUGCUCCACCACGGUCGCGAUGUCAUGCUCUACUGUGACUUCCACGGGCAUUCGCGUCGCAAGAAUGUGUUUCUGUACGGCUGCCGGGUGGACGACGCUGUUGGUGCAGAGCAGAUUCUGCCUGAUUUGUUGGCGUCAAGCGCGCCGUUAUUUUCUUUGAAAGGGACGCGCUUCAAAGUGGAGAAGUCCAAGUUAUCGACCUCCCGCGUUUGCGUGUGGAACAUGGGCAUCACGUGCAGUUACACAAUGGAGAGCACGUACAAUGGGCCGGAUCAAGGGCCAUACAAGGGCCAUCAGGUCCAGCCGCAACACUUGGAGGAGAUGGGCCGUGUCUUUGCGCAAGUCUUGCCUGAAUUUGCCGCCCGCUUACGCCGCGCAAACCGAUGACCAGUGCGCAUGUAUCUCUGUGUGUGUGUAUGUCUGUGUCUGUGUCUGUCUGCCUGUCUGUCUGUCCGCCUGUCUCUCUGACUGUCCGUCUGUCUGUCUGCAAGUGUGUGUGUGUGUGCAAGUGUGUGCAAGUGUGUGUCUGCGUCUACCUAUGUCUGUUUGUGUACGUCUAUUUUCGUAUCAGCCCCAUCGCGAAAAGGCAGGGCUGUGACAUGUCCUUUGUCUGCUUGUCUUCUUGACCCUGGAACGAAGUGAAGGAUUUUGUUCUUUGUUCUAUGUCACCUUAUUGCUCACUGAUGCGAUUGUCAUAACUGUCAUGGUGUGUUGUGCUUUGCUUCCAUGCUUCGUGCGCGUUGUUUUGCGCACGUUGGUGUAACCGAUGUGAGUCUCGUGUCUGCAACGCUGGCGUGCCACUCAUCUCACUUUGUCCAUUAUCGCCUCGUCUUAGAAUCGCUUUCCCCACUACUUGUAUCUGCCAAUUUCGUUCUGCCAUUGACUUCUAUCUGGCAUCCUGACCGUGUGUCUCAUAUCAUUGUCGUAGGUUGAUUGGGAUUUGUAUCAUCAUCUGAACACAGCAGUCACAACGUGGCUACCGUUGGGCUCUUUCUGCAUGCGCGUGUGCGAAACGCGACCAAGUCUAGGCAUCACAUGACUACCAUAACCACGAAACAAGCGAGGGCGUAAACAAUACAUGCCAAAGGGAAAAGGGCCGCAAAUGCGUCGAAUAGACAC